AUGGACACAACACCUCAAGUUAUUACACCAAACAUGCAAAUUACUACACUUGUACAGACUACACCCACUCCAGGCCCCAAUCUACCACCAACUCCCAGUACAGCCCAAAGCUUCGCAUUGGCCCCAGAGACAGAAACUACAGAGCUAGUCUCUUCUACAAACACCCCAACCCUCCUUUUAGCCGAAACCACUAAAUCUACCUUCACUGAAACAAAUAACAUACACCUAUCUCAUAGUGAAAUCACCCUUCCACUGGAUAACCCAACACCAAUAGACACAAACGAGCACUUUUAUGAGUAG